UUUCCAAUCCAUGGCCUCAACUAGGCUGCUUAGAUUGUCUAAGCCUUUAGGCUUUACUCAUGAAACCCUUUCGUCAAGGCGGCCCAAGACACUAAUGUGUCUGAACAUUUCUCCCACCGGUGCCGGUGAGAGGAACCCUGCUCCGGUGAAGGCGGCCGGCUGUAGCUCAACCUACGCUGCCGUUUCGGAGCCGAAGACGGAGAAAAGGAUGGAUUUGGAGCUCCUGUUUAGAUAUGUUGCUGAUGCUUUCUCCUAUUGGAGGAAGUUUGUUCUACAACAAAGGGCAUGGGGAUUGCAUAUACAGAUGUUCCUUGAAAAGGCUAUAGUCGACUGCCGAUUCUUUGCAUUGUUGGCGAUUGGUGGAUCUUUGAUUUGUUCCCUUCUAUGUUUUUUGGAGGGGUGUUUUCUAGUAAUAGGAUCGUAUUUUCAUGCACUUUUACGAAUGUCGGAGCAAGCGCAAGUGGUACACCAAUUAAUCGAAGCUAUUGAUAUGUUCAUCAUGGGAACAGCAAUGCUUGUUUUCGCAAUGGCAUUAUACGUUAUGUUCGUCGGAUCACCGGAUUCUGAGUUGUCCAAGAACUUCGAUCUCAAGAAGUGGAUGGGGAGGGGAUCUGCGAUGGAAGCAAAGUCGAAAAUCGGGCAUGCUGUAAUGCUGAUCCUGCAAGUGCAAGUGCUGGAUAAAUUCAGGAGCAUAGGAGUGAGCAGUGGCAUGGAUCUCGCGUGCUUUGCUGGGGCUAUAUUUCUAUCCUCGGCUUCUAUAUUCGUCCUCUCUAGAAUCCCUGACAAUGCCCACCUCCACAAACACUAAACAUUUCAUCAUCAUGCAAACUAGUUCGAAACAGGCAAAUUAGAUUCUAGUAUAUUCUUUGAUUUGUAUAAUUCAUUAACCGGAAAAUAUCAAUUUUAUGAAUAUAUAUUCCACAA